AUGAAUCACGAUCCAACUUUCGCAACCACCCUCGCUAGCUCCAGCGAUAUGGAGUUUAGAUCCUGCUCGAUCAACACCAUGCUUUGGAACUGGAACGAUAUUGGUACCUGCCUUAUUUUCGAGGCGUGGUAUAUAGGUUCCACGGUCAAAUUCAUCAUCACCUGCGUCGGCGUCGUUUUGGUGACCAUACUAUUUGAAUUCCUAACUCGUGUCUUCGCAGAAUGGGAGCAUCACAAACAGGCUAGAGACGCCGGCAAUCCUCAAGAAUCCUUUGUUCCCCUUGCUGGUAUUGAACUUGCGCUCCUUCAACCCGCUGCCGCUCAACCCGAUCCUGCUCAACCCGAUCCUGCUCAACCUGUUGCCGCUGAACCCGGUCCCGCUGAACCCGGUCCCGCUCAAUCUGCUGAUGGUCAAUCCGUUGGUGCUCAAUCUGCCCAUGCUCAAUCCGUUGGUGCUCAAUCCGUUGGUGCUCAAUCUGCCCAUGCUCAACCCAUGGCCUCUCGGCCUGCUUCCGCUAGUGGCCCCAGCAAUGUACAAGAUGCAGGCGCUGGUAUCAACGCUGGCAACAACGACGGCGUCAACAACGGCGGUGUCAAUAACGGCAGCGUCAAUAACGGCAUCAACGCCGCCAACCGCGUUCUCCCCCUUUUUCCCCGCCGCGUUGAACAUGCCUUGAUCACGACUUUAUUGCGCACGCUCAUGCUUGCCAUUAACUACUUGAUAAUACUAAUGGCUGUAUCCUUCAACGGCUACAUCAUCAUUUGUAUCUUCAUCGGGCAUUACUUGGGUUUUUUCCUCUUUGGGCGGAAUCCAGACACCAGGUCUGACAAGCCAAAUGCUUAUCAGCGCGCUUUCCAGCGUCGUAUCGCUUGCUGUAAUGUCUGGGAAACGUAUGAUAAGGUGAAUAUUUGGGCAACAAGGUGGUGGAGGAGGCUCACUAAUUGCUUGGCUUCAAGCUGGUAG